AUGUCCGGCGAAACGGAGAUCGAGGUGUCGGUCGUUUCCGAGGAGGAUCUGGAGUUGGAGGGCUCGAGGAGCAGCUCCACGCCGGCCGAGCUUCUCCUUCGGGAGGAGAAGAACGGGAAAUCCGGUUGCGGGUUGAACAACCACCACCCGUUCAGCUUCGACGUGGGCAAACCCGCCUUGAGGCCCGCCUGCAACCCCCAGUACACGUCCUUCAGCAUAUCCAGCAUCCUUGGAAGGCCCGAGUCGCCGCCGAUCGACUCGACGUCCACCGUCUCGGCCGAGAGGCAAUCGUCGGACGUGGACAGGGGCUCGCCGUUACCCCACAACGCGCAAAACACGCAGAGGAUCGACGACAGCCCGGCGAGGGGUGGCCUCUCGUCUCCGACGUCCUUGAGGUUCUCGGCCAGCCAGAGGGGCACCUCGACCCUCGGCCACGCGGUCGAGAACAGGAGCAACGCGAGCGGCAUGGGGAUCGGAUGCGCUACCAGCACCACGAGCCCUGCGUCCACUUUCUCGCCGCCCACCGACGCCGCAGCUAACCCUUUGCUCGGCCAUCAAGCGUCGGCCGACUUGGCGAUGUUGUCGAGAUUGGGCUUGAUGUCGUCGCUGAUCGCGGGCCGAUAUCCGGUCGGGAUCGGUGUCGGCGGUGUGUUCUUCCCCUCGACGUUGCAGCACCUUCACCAACAGCAGCAGCACCAGCACCACUCGAGGCUUGCUGCCGCCUCGUCGGCGUUGAGCAACGCCGUCCAGGUAACCGGCCAAUCGGACAUCGUGGACGCCGACGGCAUCCGCGGCGUCCUGCCCGGUGGCGCCGGUUGGCCGUUUCCAUGGAGGCCGACGCACGGCCUGCAGACGCUGGAGCAUCCGUCGCCGAGCGACGUGGUCGGCACCCUGAGCCGCGUCAGCCCCGCUUCCGCGUCCUUCCCGCAAAGGGACGACCUGGACGACGAGAACGGGGAGGAGCGUCUGCACCGGACACGGAGCCCGUCCACGGGCGACGAGGGACACGACGACCUCGGCGAGCAGGACGACUGCCCGGAGGCGGACGGCGAGGGUGAAUCGACGAACUCGGCGGGCCUCCACGGCGGCGGGAGCGGCGGCACAGGGGCGGGGGGCGGCGGCGGAGGCGGCGGAGGCGGCGGAGGCGGGGGCCAGAACAGCGUGCAGGUCGGGGUGGACGGUCGGGACUCGAGCAGCAUGAAACGGAAGAAGAAGACGAGGACGGUGUUCUCCCGUUCCCAGGUGUUCCAACUGGAGAGCACGUUCGACAUGAAGCGUUACCUCUCCUCCUCGGAGCGGGCGGGCCUCGCCGCCUCGUUGCGGCUGACCGAGACCCAGGUGAAGAUCUGGUUCCAGAAUCGUCGUAACAAGUGGAAGAGGCAGCUUGCCGCCGAACUGGAGGCGGCGAACAUGGCCCACGCCGCCCAGAGACUGGUCAGGGUGCCGAUACUGUAUCACGAGGCGUCGGCCGGGAGCGGAACGUCCGCGAGCGUCUCGGUCUCGGUGACCGCGCCGCCGGCCGCCGCUGCGCCAGCGUCGGUCGCCACGUCGGCGCUCUCCCACUCGGUCGGCGUAGGAGUCGGCGUCGGUGUCGGCGUCGGCACCUCCUGCCCCCCCACCACCGCACAGCCCAUCUUCUACUCCCAUCACCACCAGCACCACCAUCAUCAUCCGGCUCACGUGCAGGCGCACACUCUCCUCCCCCACCAGGUGCACCCGCAACCCCCGCCGCCACCCCCGCCCCCGCCUAACGGCCAACCACCCCAAUCCUCCUCGCAAUAA